AUGACUGACACCUACGAUUUUAUCAUCGUUGGGGGGGGCAACUCUGGCCUGCUCUUUGCGACGCGACUGGCAACGGCGUUGCCAGAAAGCUCGGUGGUGGUUCUGGAAUCUGGCAGUGCGUUUCCUGACAACUCGCAUCUUUGCCAGUAUGAUAGAUACCAUGCCUGGCAACGGCCCGACUUAGAUCUCGGGUAUAUUACAACGCCCCAAACUUCCCUCAAGGGCCGGGUACUCCCUUAUCUCCGGGGCAAGGGUCCAGGAGGCUGCACCAACGUCAACUUCUUGACGUACACUCGGGGCUCUGCGGAGGAUUAUAAUUACUGGGCUGAGCUUGUUGGUGAUGACUCGUGGAAAUGGGAACAUACUCUCAGGAGGUUCAAGGAGCUGCCGUUAAAUAUGGAUACUAACUCUGGAAAUCCUAUUGGGUUGUCCAUACCACCUACUACAACAUUUAAAGGCUAUCGCUGGACCAGCGAGGCUAUAUACACGAACUAUCGCCCUGCGAAUUUGAAGAUGCUAACUGACAUAAAAGUUGCCAAGGUUGUCUUUGAAAACAAAGUAGCAGUUGGCAUCCAAGCAGUGGAUGGGAGGAAUUUCACGGCGAAUAAAGAAGUAAUACUGUCUGCCGGUGUAUUCGAUUCCGCGAAGAUUUUGCUACUAUCUGGUAUUGGACCCACUCAGGAGCUCUCCCAGCAUAAUAUUCAAACUAUCCAUGAUCUUCCUGGGGUAGGCAAGGGACUAUCCGAUCACCCCUUAGUUGUUAUAGGAGCAUCAUUCGCGCCAGGUGUGGGUCUCAGUGAUCGGACUCAAUUUGAUUCAAAUCCUGCCGCCCUCGAAGCUGCACGAGAACAGUGGAAACGGGACGGAACCGGGGAGAUAAACCUGCACCGGUCUUGCGUCAUAACCGGAUGGCUCAAGGAAAAUUCCAUCCUUACAACAAGCGAAUAUCAAAACCUAGACACUCUCUCAAAGCAAUAUCUAACCAAGGAUUCCGUUCCUCAUUAUGAGCUCUUUCUCGCAGGGCCCCAUUUCCCCCCGACAUACGUUGUUCCUGAGGGAACAUCAUACCUUUCUACCGUCGUCUGCCUUAUGAAUAUGCAAUCUAGGGGCGAAAUCACACUGAAAUCGGCAAACGUGAAUGAUCCGCCAGCGAUUGACUCCAACUACAUGUCACACCCGUUUGAUCGAAAGAUGUUGACCUUGGCAAUAAGGGAAGCUAUGAAGUUUUAUCAGUCCGGCGCAAUUGAGAAGGAAUUUAAGGGAUACGUCCUGGCCCCGAAAAGCCAGUCGGACGAAGAUAUCCAUGAAUUCAUCGACGAGAACCUACUUCCGGUCUUCCAUGCCAACGGAACCCUAAAAAUGGGCAAAGCAGACGACCCAAUGGCGUGUACGGAUCCGAGUUUCCGCAUCUAUGGCGUUGAGAAGUUGCGAGUCGUGGAUCUGAGUGUUUGUCCCAUCACACCGAAUCAACCCACAGCCUAUCUAGUGGCACAGACAGCUGCAGGGAAAAUUAUAGCGGAAUAUGGCGGAAGAAGAUAG